CCUCAACUAACCACCAUUCCUCCAAACCCAUCUCUCUCAAUCCUAUCCAUGCGCCCCUUCACUGCAUCCCUCAUCUCCCGCACCCUCAAAACCAGCCCCAAAGCAUCCUUCAUCUCCAAAGUUUCCCGCAUCACCACCGCAAAGAUGACCACCUCCAAUCUGACCAUCGAAAACACAAACCUCAACACCGCCCCCGGCGUCGAGCUCUCCGCGACCCAAAAGACCCUCGUCGGCAGCGUCCUCGACCUCUUCGCCGGCCGGCCUUCGCUCGAGAAACUGCAGCUCUGGUCCGACGAGGGCGUGUUCGAAGAUCCCAUUACUAUCGCGCGCGGCCGCAAGCAGUAUGAGGCGCAGUGGUACGGGCUCCAGUCCGCGUUUUCGAGCAUUGAGCGCCUGUCGCACUCGAUCAUGUCGUCGGAGAAUCCGAUCUCCAUUGAUAUGAAGACGAAGUAUACCGUGAAGGGGAUUAAUAAGGAACAAACGAUUGAGAGCAUUGUGAAUAUUUUUACGUCCGAGGACGGGCAGAAGAUCGUGAAGGUGGAGGAUAAGUGGAAUGGGGAGCUGCCGGAUAGCUCGAUCAAAGAUGCCUUCCGGAAGAUCAAUGCGGUAACGGUGCCGAAGAUGAUCAGCGUGCCGAAGAGUAAAGAGGAGGAUGCUAAGAGAGGUAACGCUUGA